AUGCACGUCUAUCGAUGCCACUGCAACCCUUGUUUUCCAUGUGUUGCCAUUCAGCUUGAUUACCAAACUCACACGCGUUUUGGAAAUUUGUGAAAACAAUUGAAGUGCAAUUUACCAGAGGACUUUUAAAUAAAAUUUUUUUCAUUCAACCUGUGCAUUUGAGAAGUGAACAAUUUUCUGUUUUAGACAAGCCGCAGGGCUCUUCGGCUUGUGUUUGCGUAGAUGGCAACACUGUAUACGCCGGCCAUGUUAUGAUAUGUAAAAGGUGUACGUCGACACGUGUUUAGUUCGUGCAGCUUCUGUGUGUGCUGAAAAAGAACAGUGAAAAUAACAAGAGAAAAACGUAUAAAAUACGCGAAAAGCCAACCAAACCACUGACAGAUAAAAAAAUAUAUUUUACCACAACGGUUACAAAAGAGCCUUCAAUAUUCAGCGAAAAUGGUAUCCGGUCGUCCACUACUCUACUUGUCACUGCCCGGUGUAGCAUUUAUCCUGGGCGUGUUUUGGUUCCGACGUAGAAAUAAAAAUCGUUUAGACAAGCCCGACGACGAGGACAACAGCACCAAGGAGUCGUCGGGUGGCGUCGUCUCCCAUGUGGAGGCGCGCACUGCAAACGGUGGGCUACAGAAUGGCAAGCUCCCGACGAGCUUUCUGCAGCAGCAGGCAACCAAAUCGAUGAAUAUCAACGGCACAGAUGCCACAGAAAAUGGCAACGGGAGCGGCAGCGGCAGCGACGAAAAGGAUAGUCCCAACACAAUGCUGUACGGAAAGUCUGCUCCCAUCAAGAUACAGAGCAAUGGACGGACUCCGCCGGGUGUGCAACAGCAGAUCGACUCAGAGAUGCUCAAGUCAAAGAUACAGGAUGCCGAGCACAAAAAGCUCUGCUCGAUUGAUGAAGACUUUGAGAAUCUGUCGUCGCCGCGCGAUCUCCCCGAUUCGGUCAGCACACGAGUUUUAUUCCACAAUCGCAAGACCAACAGCAAGGUCGUCGAGCCGGUGGUAAUCAAGGCCACACGCACCCCAAAGAUAUCGCCAGAGAACUCGUUCCUUGAGGCCACAUACACGAAGGAGUGCGAGCAGAACAACAAUUGCCAGCCAGGUGUCAGCAAGAAGGUGGCGGUGGUGGAGGAGAAACCCAAGCCCAAGCCCAAGCCCAAUCCGAGUCCCAAUCCCAAGGAGGCUGCUGUUGUUGGCCACCACGACUGUGAUAUACAGACAGACAUCAAGGAGACAGAUAAUAAUGGCAACCAGAAGCGCAAUGUGGAUGCGGCCAGUCCCUCGCUCAGCAUUUGCAGCGUUCAGUCCGGGGACUCUGGCAAGGGCUCUAGUCUGCCCCGCUCGGAGGCGACACGUGUCAAGGUCAGCUACGAGUUUGUCUUCCCCGUCAGCCUGAUUGGCCAGCUGUACGGCCGCAAGCGCGCCUUCAUCAACCAGAUCAAGGCCAAGACCCAGGCGAAUGUGCUGCUCAGCAAGAACCCAUGCACAAAUAAGCUGCGCAUUUGCGUUGUCGAAGGCACGGAGAGCGAGAUCGAUGCCGCCCUGGCCAUGAUCCGUCAGCGUCUGCCGGUCAAGCGGUAUCCCAACUUUACAAUGCAACGCAUCCACUUUGCGCUUCCACAAACCAUAGUUCCUCUAUCGCCACAAAGCCUCUCCAAUCUACAACUUAAACUCUUUGAGGGCAUCAACAAUGAUGUGGUGGUCAGUGCCGUGCUCUCGGGAUCGCAUCUGUUUGUCAAUCAUCCGCUGCAUCCCUCGCAUCCAGCACUGCCAAUGCUGCAGAAGCAGUUGUUCGACAGUUACUCUGAAAUGGAGGCGCCUCUGCUUCCGGGCAUUGAGAUCAGUGCCGUUUGCGUGCUGCCUGUCAACGGGAUCUGGUAUCGCGUACAAAUCGUCGAUCUCGAUGAGGACGAUGAAGAGCGUUGUGUGGUUAAAUUCCUUGACUUCGGUGGCUACAUGAACGUGAACCUCUCCGUGCUCCGUCAGAUUCGCACUGAUUUCAUGGUGGUACCCUUCCAGGCGACAGAAUGCAUCCUGUCCAACAUUGAGCCCAUUAACGGUACCUGGUCACUGGAGGCGAACGAUGUCCUCAGCAAACUAACCAAAGGCAUUGUCUUGCAAGCACAAGUCGCCGGCUACAAUAGUCACAACAUACCAGAAAUCUUUUUAUUUGCUUCCCUAGGCCCCAAUAAUGUAAUCUUUCUCAAUAAGGAACUAGUCGCCAGAAAUCUCGCGAAAUGGGUGGAGAUGCGUGACUAACCAAGAGCCCUACCGAAGAACAACUAACGCUAGUACCAACAACUGCGCCUAUCUGCAAAACACAAACAACAGAAACACUUUAAGAGCAAAGCAAAAAGAGUCAAUACCCAGUCCAAAAGCAAAAAUCAAGCGCUGGGAGGAGUCUUCUGGCGACGACGGAGGCGGCCAAAACGAAGGCAGGAUAUUGCUAAGAAUUUGCUAAGGAUUGCGGAUGAACUGCAGGCAGAGAUGCAGAUGCCGCCGCCACAAGUGUGCGCCGCAGACCCUCCAUUAAACAAAACAAAAAACGUUAGUUAAGAUUUGUAGACUGCGACUGAGCCUAGAAAGAGAGCCCUCUCUAAUCAUACAUAAACCCCAUAUACACCCCACACAUAACCCCUCCCACAAACGCAUACACACACACACAAACACACACACGCAUAUAUGUAUAAGACACCUCACUAACACACUUACACACAUAUACAUACACUCAUGCAUGUGUAAUUAUAUAUGAACAUAUAUGUAUGUAUAUGUGAGAGGCACACACCGUUUGUCUGCCGCCACAUUGUGUUUUUGACUGCCGCCGCCUGCCUCGCAUACCAAACACACCACCCAACACAACAAACAAGCAAAAAAUGCACACCAAAUCGCGGUAAACAUAACUGCUGUAGGAUUUAUGCAGAGAAGGGGAAGGGAGUACAAUCAAUCAAAUCAGGCACCAAAAUACAUCAAUGAAUCAGUCAGCAGAGUGACAGAAAGGCAGAGGGGCAGAGGCAGCUGUGAAAGCAGACGAACCGCUUAAGAUAUUACCAUACUCAGUUGUAAGUAGGUCUACUAUUUAGUGUAAAUAGUUCUUUUUAUAAAUUUAAUAACGAAAUGCAGAAAACACACAAAAAUACACAAAAACAAACAACAAAGAAACUAAACCCUAAAAUCAAUAUCAAAUCAAGCGUUCGUCGUUCAUCCGAGGGUCAGAAAAACGAGCUGCAAAUCAGAUAUAGGAGAUAUUUGUAAUUGUACAUACGGAUAAGCAUAGGAAAGAAUGAAAGUAUGUAGUAUAUAGUAUAUUAUAUAUUAAAAUUGAUUGUAUAUCUAGUAUCAUCUCCGGUUUUUGAUCGUUCCGAUACGUUUUUAUAUGUGUAUGAAUUAUGUUGUUUUUAUUCAUAUAUAUUUAAACAAAAAGUCGAACCAUAAAGAGUACAAUAUUAAUUUGAAGGAAUAAAUUACAAACAUCCCCCGAGCAAACAAUAGAGAGAGAGAGAGUUAAGGAGAGAUAGAGAGAAUGCUCAAGUCGAAUGCGAAAUACUUAAUCUGCUGUGACCCCCUCCCGAUCCGCCUCCUCUCCCCACACCCCACAACAAGCGCCGCAAAAUGCCUAAAGAAACAGAUAACAAAUUAUGAGCGAGAAGAUCGUAACUCGUUAACAGAAUCAAUAUAUUUAUAUGCGUGUGUGCCAUUGUUAGUCAACAAAUUAAAACAAAAAACAAACAGAAACUAAAACUAAAACACAAAACUAGAUCAGAAAGAAUUAUAGUCGACGAAAGCGACGAGCUGUGGACAGGGAGAAAGGAGAGUUGUUCCUCCCACUCCCCGCCCCGCCUCGCCCAGCAUGUGCAAAAAUAAUGUAAAUACAAUCACAAAGAAAAGCAAUUUAGUAAAAAAGCCAAUUAUGCAAUGCAAAGACAAGAGAGACAAACGCGUAAGCAAAAGCGAAAGCAAAAAGCAAUAAUUGUUGAUAAAAAAA